CCUCCGGGUCAUGCGUCGCUUGCGCGCGUCUGGCGCUUGGCCGUUUUAGGCGCGGGUUUGGGCCGCCUCGGCUCCGCUUCGCCCUCGGCUGCCGCCACCAGGGUCGGAGUCCUGCGUCCCGGACCUCGGGUCAGGCUCCACCUUCUAAGGACUCAGCUCUUCCUCAAGAAGGAGAGUGGAAGAACCCAGAAUGGCCCCUGUACUCCUAACAGCUGGGGCCUACCAGGAAUCAGUGACCUUCAAAGAUGUGGCCAUAGACUUUACCCAGGAGGAGUGGGGACACCUGGAUUCUUCUCAGAAGGAGCUGUACCAGGAGGUGAUGCUGGAGAACUACAGCAACCUGGUGUCCCUGGGACUCAUAGCCUCCAGACCAGACCUGGUCUCCCAUUUGAAACAAGGGGAAGCACCUUGGGUGGCAAGGAGAGACAUGGAGGCAGGCGCAUGCCCAGGCUGGAGAAGGAAAUGGCAUCACAAAGGGUCCGACCCGACAGAGGCGGCAGAACAACAAGCCGGGUCAGGGGCUGUGCUCAGCACUGGGUUUUCUAGGGCAGAAACUGUUACAGUAAUCCAGGCCUGAGCAGAUGGAGACCUGGCCUAGAGUGGUAGCAUUGUCAGAGAAGAGGAGGGGGCAUAUUCGAGAGAUUUGCAGAGUUGAAAUCAACAGGCCUUGGUAACAGAGCUGAUAUCGAAGGUGAGAGAAAGAAUCCAGGAUGAGGCACUCUCUACAGAAAUAGGGGAGUUUGGGGGGCAGGGUGAGGAGGGAGAUCACGAGUUCCAUUUUGGACAUUGAGUUUAAGGCAUCUGAGGGAUUUCCAGUUUGAAGUGUCUGGAGGCAGUUGGAGAGGAGAUGUCAGGACAGAAAAGAUACAUUUGAGAGUCAUCGGCAAAAAAGGUGGUAAUUAAAUCCAUGGGAGCCAAUGAGCUCACCAGGUAAAAUAGUCUGGAGGGAGAAGAGAAGAGGGCCCAGCACAGACCCCUUGGGACCCCUCUUGGAUGAGGAUCCAGCAAAAGAGAUGGAGGAGGAGAACCAGAAGAAAGGGAUGACCCAAAAACCUAGAGAGAAGAGAGGCUUGAGGAGCAGAGAGUGAUCAACAAGAUCGAAGGUUGCAGAAUGAGAAACACCUAUUGGGUUCAGCAACCGAGAUCAUUAGGAACUUUGGAGAGAGAGAAGUUUGGGAUGGAAUGGUGAGGUCAGAAGAUAGAUUGUAAAGGGAUAAGGAGGAGAGCAGACAAAGGAGGCGCCAUCUAGAGGGUCUUUUUGAAAAGCUUAGCUACAAAGGGCAGAAGAGAACAUGGAUCUAUAGUGAGCAGAGAUGAAGGGAAAAAAGGAGGGUUACUUCAGGAUGGGAGAGACAUGAAUAUGUUUAUAAGUAGUAAGAAAUGAACUGGUAGACAGGGAGAGAUUGAGAGUAAGUGAAAGGAGAGAUUUAGGAGGCAGUCUGUUGGAGAAGGUGGGGUCAGCGGGGG